AUGGAGAAAAGCUGUGUCUCCCAAAACCCUUUGGUAGAAUUAGAAGAGCAGAAAAAAAAUGAUGAACUGAUUUCGAGCCUUCCAAGAGUCGAGCUCUGGGAUGGCUAUUAUCUACAUCAAUACCAAGGGUUUUGGUGUCCAUCUCCUUUCAUUCGUCCCAUGAUUUCCUUUCAAAGGCAUUUCCAAGCACAAAACGAAGACAUAAUUCUAAGCACCUAUCCAAAAUCAGGCGCCAUUUGGCUAAAAGCUCUGAUAUUCACCAUUGUCAAUCGUUCUCGUCACACUCUAGAACAAAGCCCCUUGCACACUAACUUUGCCCAUCAGCUAAUACCUUUCUUCGAGACAGCCAUUUACAUGAACAAUCGAACUCCUGAUCUUGAAGAUCUACCUAAACCGAGGAUUUUCGCGACGCAUGCGCCGUAUUCUUCACUUCCACAUUCCAUUAUCGAUUCUAAUUGUCGCAUUGUUUACUUGUGUAGGAAUCCUUUGGAUCAAUUCAUCUCCGAGUGGCAAUUCUUGCUCGGAAUUCAAGGGAACAAAGGGAAGCAACGUUCAAUGGAUGAAGCUCUUGAGAUGGCUUGUAGUGGAGUCCAAAGCUAUGGCCCCAUUUGGGAGCAUGUUUUAGGGUACUGGAAAGUGAGCAACGAGCAACCAAACAAGAUACUCUUCUUGAAAUAUGAAGAUUUGAAAGAAGACACCGAUUUCUAUGUUAAGAAAUUGGCUGAUUUUUUAGGAUACCCUUUUUCAAAGGAAGAAGAGAAGGAAGGAGUGAUUGAAGAAAUAUCAAAGUUCUGUAGCUUUGAUAACAUGAAAAAUUUGGAAGCUAGCAAGACUGCAGAUAGACAUCCUAUCGGGUAUACAACAAAAAUGUUCUUUCGAAAAGGCAAACUGGGAGAUUGGAAAGAUUAUUUAACCCCUUCAAUGGCAGAACGUUUAGAAAAAUUAAUGGAGGAAAAGUUUGAUGGAUCUGGUCUGAACUUUAAAACAUCGUAA